AUGCCAACAAGCUCGUUGAAAUUGAAGCCCAAGUGGGCCAGAACCGGGCAACUGAUGUGGAUUCUUUUUGUGAACUCUGGUGGUCAAGACGGAUUCGGGCAGAUGGGCGCUGCACCAGCGAUUAAUGAGCCCGAUGUGACGCCGCUAGGCAAUGCAAUAGAACGACGGGCGAGCAAUGAUGGGUGA